UUGAGACUCGAGGCAAAAAUGUGUCAAAAAAACUUUAUCGCUUGGUCAAAUCUUUAUCACACAAGCCUUGAAAAGCCCUUAGACCCAGGCCUCCAAGAGAGGAGAUUUUAAUUAUUUUCUCCUUGUUUAACAAACUCUUUGACAAAAUUUGUUAUUGACAGCUUGAUAACUGAUCAAUACUAGAAAAGACGCAUUGUAUACUUUGUAGAAAAAGGGCUUUUUUGUUACAUUUAGUUAUGAAUUUUUAAUUCUUUACUUCUACUGAUAAAGUUAUUCAGUUUUUAUUGAGUGCAGAGCGGCUCUCUAAAGCAGUCUUUCCGAUAUGAAGUCAUUAACGUUUACCGCAACUUUCGUUUUCCUUUGCCUCUUUCGAAUGGCUUUUUCUCAGUCCAACGAUGGAACCCAUUCUAACUAUUUAGCAACCGAACAUGACAAACGAUCCGUCACCAAGUUGUUAAAGUCUGUAAAAGUUGUGGACGACUUUGCGUGUGUUCGGGAGUGUACUCGCGCCGAGGAAUCGUGCACAUCAGUGAAUUUCUACAAAGACAGGGACUCUAAUGGCAAGCACCUUUGCGAGUUACUCACGGACGACAAGAAACAAUGUAAAGGUGAUACCAACCUGGUAAAAGAUGAUGAAGUCCACUUUAUCACAGUCAAACAACAACCGCCCUUGAUCCAAUCAGAACACCUUGCUCACACCAGCGGCAUAUUCCCCAUCGCCCUCACUCCAUGUCAUCCCCUCGACGUCUAUUGCGACCUGGGCACUAGCGGAGGAGGCUGGACUGUCAUCCAGAGGCGCGUGGACGGCUCGGUGGAUUUCUACCGAGGCUGGGACGAGUACAAGCGGGGGUUUGGUAACAAGGAGGGAGAGUUCUGGCUGGGGCUGGAUAAUAUCCACGCUAUGACGUCACAGAGGCGGUACCGUGUGCGCUUUGACUUGGAGGACUUCGGGGGGAACACCCGCUACGCCGAGUACGAUGACUUUAGAGUUGGUGAUGAGGCGGCGAAGUACCAGCUUGUUUCAAUUGGUACAUACUCAGGUACAGCUGGUGAUAGUCUCGCCUAUCACAGAGGCGGUUAUUUCUCGACGCCAGAUCGCGACAACGACGUGAAGGAUAGUGAAUCUUGCGCAGUAAGAUUUGAAGGUGCAUGGUGGUUUAAAUCAUGCUUUUUUAGCCAUCUUAACUGCCGUUAUCACGUGACCCCAUUUAACAAGUUGACUGCACAUGGAAUCAUUUGGUUCCACUGGCUUAUUGAUAGAUACUCACUCAUGAAAUCAGAAAUCAAAGUGCGACCUUAUUAGGAACCGACCAUUUGAUAACUAACGGGGAGGUAACAGAUUUUUGUUUCUUUUUUUUUUAUUAUUAUUAUUAUUUAUUUCGUAACCCGAGUGUCAAGGCUUUAUUUUGUUUUCUUUGAAGUAUUUCCCUCCAAUUUUAGAAAACUAAAAUCGCCUGAUACUCGGGCUAUGUGUUUCGAGGUUAGUCACUUGAUGUUUUUUUUUUCUAUUCUAUGUCUUUAGGCGUUUUUUUUUAUAGAUCAAGGCCUGCUUAUGAUUAUUUAUUGAUUUCAUUUCUUUUUUAGGGUGGGGUAUCUCGUUAGUGAAGCGUCGAUACCAUAUGGUCUGUCCCUUAAAAUCCACUAACCCGGCAUGCUUGGUAAUUGUUUUCUGUUUUAAAAACCAAAAUUCCUAUUUUUCAAAAAUAUAACUUUCGGUGCAUUAAAUGGGAUUUUAAUAAUUUAAUCACAGACACCAAUUUCCUUCUGCUUAGUGGCCUUGGUUGAUAAAUGUAAAAUAGAGGUGAUAUUUUUA